AAAAAGUCUUUACGUCUCCCUCGCCCGUCUUGACUUGAAACGUCAUUCGAGACUUGAGAACUUGAGAAGAGAAAGAAUUCUUCUACUAUAACUAGGUCGAAAAAUUGUCUUUUUAUAAGAAUUAAUCAUCAGUUCAAAUAUUUAUAAUAAAUAAGAUAUAUUUUACGAUGGUUUGAGUUAAACUCUGUGAAAUAUUGGACAUAUUAACUAGGUUUCUAUGGUGAAAUCGUGAAUGACAAUUGGUAUCAUAUGCAUGGCAAGUUAACAUGGCUGACAACUUUGGUUGCAACUACGGUGUGAGAGAGUUGAAUCUGGGAGCCAGCUUCACAAAUAAUAAAGCUCCAAAAUACCACACAAUCAAAUAUGACUUCAAACCAGCUUCAGUUGAUGUCAAUAAAAUGGCUACUGUUGACGUUGGAAGUAACAAUCAAGUUACAGUCACAGUACCGCAUCUGGAUGGUGCGGGAGUGCCGCAAACAGUUUUCAAGGGAAGUCAGAGACCAUACAAUAAAGAGUGUGUACUUAUAAUAGACAAAAAUACUGGACAGAUGACACUAGAAAAGCUAUCCAGUUACAUACAAGUGAAAAAGACUAGGCAAGAGUCUGCAACGAAGCCGCUUCCACUGACGCCGUUGACCGCAGACUUUACAAACACCACUCAGCGGUCCACUUCCCGUACCAGAGUCACUACAAACCGACGAACCAACAUAAAUGCAGGGGCGGCUGGAAGUGGACAGAUGAACCAAGGUCGCUUCAACGGCAACGUUCAGAAGCCACAGAACAUGGUGCGUUCUCCGACAAGAGUCAAAACGUCUCCACCGCAAGCGCCAUGGUCGAGCGGCGGCAACAGCACGCUAGCGUCUCUGCCAAUGAUCGGCCUUGACGAUCCUGCGCCGGCGCCACAACACAACGGCUACCGUCCCGAGCGAGCGGAGCGCCCCGAGCGGCCGGUGCAACAGGAGCGGCAGCAGCAGGAGCGCCAACUACCGGAGCAGCGGAAUAAUGUGAACGCUCCUAUGCCGGCUCCGGUAACUGCUCAAGGCGUAACGUCUCAAGACGACAGUUCGUCGUCGUCGUCGAGCGACAGUGACAGCAACAGUGGAAGCGAUAGCGAUAGUGACGACGACAGCGCUGCGCACGCGCAACCUGCACUUGCUAACGGUGGCGGUAACCCAGCGUUGCCCAGCGACGUGCUGAACGAUGAUCUCUGCCUCUCCGAGUCUGGAAGCGACUCUGACUGACCUCACGACAAAGUUUUUUAUUUAUUCGGGUUUGGGUUUCUCCUUUACACUUUCCGCUAUUUCAACACGGCUGCUCGAACAAAAUGGUCCGUAUUCUGUUUACAAAGUCUAUAUGCCUUCCCGUUUCUCGUAACAUUCUUGUUUUCCUCUAAAAGGUGAAGCCGAAGUGACGUUGGUGGUGGAAGUGAGCGUUCAUGUUUUCGAGAUGUUUUGAUGACUGACUUUGUUAUGUAUAUCAGAAAUGUUUAUAUAAUGUUUGUAACUGAAAUUUGGCUCGUGAAUUUCGUACUUAUAAACUCAUAUGCUUUCGCAAAAAUCUUAUGCGUGUUUCACCCGGCAUUUUUGGAAUUCUCAGAAUAACUGUGUUUGAUGAUAAUAUUUGCUGAUUUUUAAAUUUUAUUAUUAGCUUAUAAACUAGAUGUAUGUAAUUUUAUUGCGUUGUCAUGAUCAUGGAUAAAUCCUGUUUUCAAGAUUAAAAAAAAUACCUAUAUUUUACAAUGCCAUACCUUAACCACAGUAAAUUGAAGAAUCUAGAACAAAUUGUUCUGUGUCAUAUCGCUUUAUUUUUAUUUAAAUCAUUAGCCCAGGGGGCAGCAAGGCCAUUCAAUUAGUCUAAAAAAAUUGUAUUCACGACAACAUCGUUUACAC